AUUCCAGAAGUCUACUAAACCAAUUGUGCGAAUUUAACAUUCAACGAGUGAAUGUCUCAUUACUCGGACCAUUUUCCCCCAGUUUCUCAUAGACAUAGUUGCCAUCCUCCUGCCUUCAUCAUGUGAACUCAUGGCUUGUGAUGCGUUUCCAGGUAAGGGAGUGAUCGAGUGCAGCCAUGUCAACGCGGCUGCUGUAGUUGUGUCUGGUGACAUUGGCACUCGCAUGCCCGCGUCUGCACUUUCGUAAAAUCUGGCUGCGUCAGGAUUCACCCCAAAGCUCCCUCGCCGCCGUCAUGGAUGAAGCGGAGGACGGCGAUGAAGACCACAAAGAGACUCGCAGGGGCGACAUCCUUGACUCUUCCUCCAAGAUGAAGACUGUAGCGCCAGGAGGGGGAGCAGCGAGCAGCAGGAUCUCCAACAACAAGGACUUCGCCUCAUGUGGACGCAGCACGGAAUCCGCCGCGCUCCUCGGACACGGAGACGCUUCCCGGAGCGGCGCUCAUUCUGACGGCGAGGAUGCCACCGGAAUGAGAUGCGUGAUCAACGGAGACUGCCGAAGAGACGACAGCGUGUGCUCAGUCCUCUCCAAGCUGGAGAAGCAGACAGGUGGAGGCUUCCCAGCAUCUGCAUGUCACUCCAGCACCUCCAGCAUGGACGGCUCGGUCACUCCUGCCGCCGCCGCCGCUCCUCCCGCGGACAAGAAGGACUCCAGGGUGUCCUUCUCCAGCGCCGCACCUGCGCACGGACCGAGUCCGAGCAACCCAGCGGGCAAUUCCGUCAGCUUCUCCAAGUCUGAGGAUGGCCAGAUCACGGCGGAAGAUGGGGAAGCCAGGGACAAUCAAACUUACAUGCAGAGGCAGUUUAGCGCCAUGCUGCAGCCCGGGGUCAACAAAUUCUCCCUGCGUAUGUUUGGGAGCCAAAAGGCAGUGGAGAAGGAGCAGGAACGGGUCAAAUCCGCCGGCAAUUGGAUUAUUCAUCCGUACAGUGAUUUCAGGUUCUACUGGGAUUUCACAAUGCUAAUGUUCAUGGUGGGCAACUUGAUUAUCAUUCCUGUGGGCAUCACCUUCUUCAAGGAGGAAACCACCACCCCUUGGAUUAUCUUUAAUGUUGUGUCCGACACAUUCUUCCUCAUGGACCUGGUACUGAACUUUCGUACGGGCAUAGUGUACGAAGACAACACAGAGAUAAUACUGGACCCUGAAAAGAUCAAGAAGAAGUACCUUAAGACGUGGUUCGUGGUGGACUUUGUCUCAUCCAUCCCGGUGGAUUAUAUCUUUCUCAUCGUAGAGAAAGGCAUUGACUCUGAGGUUUACAAAACGGCCAGGGCACUGCGAAUAGUGCGUUUCACCAAGAUCCUCAGUUUACUGCGACUUCUCAGAUUGUCCAGGCUGAUUCGUUACAUCCAUCAAUGGGAAGAGAUCUUUCAUAUGACCUAUGACCUGGCCAGUGCAGUGAUGCGCAUCAUCAAUCUGAUUGGCAUGAUGCUGCUGCUGUGCCACUGGGAUGGCUGUCUGCAGUUCCUGGUGCCCAUGUUGCAGGACUUUCCUUCGGACUGUUGGGUGUCCCUUAACAAGAUGGUGAACGACUCGUGGAGUGAGCUGUACUCCUUUGCCCUGUUCAAGGCCAUGAGCCAUAUGCUGUGUAUCGGGUACGGACGCCAGGCACCUGAGAGUAUGUCUGAUAUCUGGUUGACCAUGCUGAGUAUGAUCGUGGGAGCCACCUGCUAUGCCAUGUUCAUCGGUCACGCCACCGCCCUCAUACAGUCAUUGGACUCUUCCCGGCGCCAGUAUCAGGAGAAGUACAAGCAAGUUGAGCAGUACAUGUCUUUCCACAAACUUCCGGCCGACUUCCGGCAGAAGAUCCAUGACUAUUAUGAGCACAGAUACCAGGGAAAGAUGUUCGACGAGGAAAGCAUUUUGGAAGAACUGAACGAACCAUUACGAGAGGAAAUAGUCAACUUCAACUGCCGGAAGCUGGUGGCGUCCAUGCCGCUGUUCGCCAACGCAGAUCCAAACUUUGUGACAGCAAUGCUAACCAAGCUGCGCUUCGAGGUCUUCCAACCAGGAGAUUACAUCAUUCGUGAGGGAACCAUCGGCAAAAAGAUGUACUUUAUUCAGCACGGCGUAGUCAGUGUCCUGACCAAAGGGAAUAUUGGCAUGAAGCUCUCUGACGGCUCCUAUUUUGGGGAGAUCUGUCUGUUGACCCGUGGAAGACGAACUGCCAGUGUGCGGGCAGACACCUACUGCAGACUGUACUCCCUCUCUGUGGACAACUUCAAUGAAGUACUGGAGGAGUACCCCAUGAUGAGGAGAGCAUUUGAGACAGUAGCCAUUGACCGCCUUGAUCGAAUUGGAAAGAAGAACUCCAUCCUGAUGCACAAAGUACAACAUGAUCUCAAUUCUGGUGUUUUCAACAACCGUGAGAAUGAGAUGAUCCAGGAGAUUGUGAAAUACGAUAGGGAAAUGGUUAAACUGGUUAAACAAGGGGACAUGCAGAGGCCCAGGGCCAUGUCCAUGACUCCGUCAACUCAUGGGAGUAUGUUUGGACCUUCUAGUCAACCCUCUACAAGUUCUGCCAUUGCUACUCUCCAGCAAGCUGUUGCCAUGAGCUUCUGUCCCCAGAUGGGUAACCCUCUAAUGGGUUCUGGAUCUGUCCAGUCUCCCCGUAUGGUGCGGCGAUUCCAGGUCGUCCAGACUCAGACACCCCCAGGUUCCCAGUACUCAACCUUAGCCCGUGCCUCUGCUCUUGCAAGCACACCUGUCCAUAGUCCUCUGGCAACUACUGCUCGAACAUUCCAGUAUGGUUCAAGCCCCCCGGGUGCACCCUCAGGCUCCCAGUUAUCCCUUGUACAGCAACUUGUCCCUAGUCCCACACAUCGACCAGCAGUCCACAGGAGCACUCUCACCCAGGACGCACGUGCCCUUUCCGCCUCCCAGCCAUCCUUACGCCCAGACAUGAUUCAGCCAGUUGCCCCAAGUCCUCCCCAGUCUACCCGAGUCUCUUCUACUUCCAUCGGUCCCCCUCAGAACCUCCCAGGUCCCACUGGUCUUAGGGGAAGUAUCCCACCUAGAAUGGCACUAACACACCAAAUGUCUGUAGGUGCAUUUCCUCCUGCCUCCCUACCCCAGAUGAGACCUAGCUUGGAUUCAGGUCUUCCCAAGAAGGAUUCAAUAAGCAGCCUCCCAGAAACAGAACAACAUCACAUCAGAUCUAGAUUAUCUUCAAAUUUGUGACCUCAAUAGCGUUGGUGGUCUCUGCUUCAGUCAGGAACAUAUGGACCUUUGUUCUCCAAGAACUUCUCCCGAACCCUAGUCACACCUUUGGAUUUUACUCUCAGAAUGUAUGUGAUUGUGACUGGCCACAAGGGCAAACAAACCCUCAAAACUUUCUAGCAUAAAACAAACAUGUCUGUAUCAUUCUUACCGCAAUUGGGACAAUUGAUUCCAUUGUCUCAUGAUAUAAACAUCAAUGUAGCUUCCACCCUCACACUUUGCCUCUUUGAAAUGGUUUUCUUUAUUGUAGCUGUUCACAGAGAUUACAAAUGUACCCACACCCUUUUAUAUACUGUAGUACAAAUGAUGCAAGCUGAUGUGUGUCUAAAUACCGGGACUUAGCAGUUUGCUGCUGAUCACAAUGUAGGAGCUUACUUCCUCUUCUCAACUUGAACCGGCUAGACAUUAGAUAUAUAACCUAUAAUGCACAAAAUUAGAAUUGCUAUUGAAAAUAAAGGUGUAUUUGAUGACUUGAGAGCCCCAAACUGUUUUGAAAUGGGAUGUAUUCUUACUGGAACUGCUGUCUUUGUCUUAUUUUUUCAGACCAAAGUUGGGCCGAAGUAAAAUAUUAACAUGAGCUGACAUGCAAA